AUGUCGGAAGCUUGUGCGUGUCGUAUGCGGAUGUUUUUGACUGGCUUUCGUUCUGUGGCUGUGCAACUGGUCCGCUGCCAGCGUCUCGAGUAUGAGACGAAGCUCGUGUCUUCGCUUACCUUUCAGGCGGCUUUUCCUCUGGUACCUCGUGCUGGGAUAACCAGGUACGGCCCACACGCUGGUAUGCAUUCGUUCUUUUGCCGACUGACGGAAGAUAAGAAAUCUGAGAAGUUCUUUAAGGUUUUUUAUGAUCGCAUGAAAGUGGCACAGCAAGAAAUCAAGGCUACUGUCACAGUCAAUACUAGUGACUUAGGAAAUAAAAAGAAAGAUGAAGAAUCAGACAGAGAUGUACCGAGCAGGAAAAGAGUGAGAGAGCCUAUCACCCAAAUUACCGAGGAGGUCCGGGAUCAGUUACUGGAGGCCUCUGCAGCUACCAGAAAGGCUUACAACACUUACCGGAGGGAGGCCGAUCCUGAUGACCAUUAUUCGGCAGGAGAAGGAGCACAGUCUGCGGCAGACAAGAGCAAAGAUGACCUGGAGAUGAGUGCUGUGAUCUCAAUAAUGCAACCCAUCCUCCGGUUCUUGCAGCUGCUCUGUGAAAACCACAAUCGGGAUUUGCAGAAUUUCCUUCGCUGCCAGAACAACAAGACAAACUACAACCUGGUGUGCGAGACGCUGCAGUUUCUGGACUGUAUCUGUGGAAGCACAACUGGCGGACUUGGACUUCUUGGUCUGUAUAUAAAUGAGAAAAAUGUAGCACUGAUCAACCAGACGCUGGAAAGUUUGACCGAGUACUGCCAGGGGCCUUGCCACGAGAACCAGAACUGCAUUGCUACUCACGAGUCCAACGGUAUUGACAUCAUCACAGCAUUAAUUCUCAAUGACAUCAACCCUUUGGGAAAGAAGAGGAUGGACCUUGUGUUGGAACUGAAGAACAACGCUUCCAAACUGCUCUUGGCGAUCAUGGAGAGCAGGCAUGACAGCGAGAACGCGGAGAGGAUCCUCUACAACAUGAGGCCCAAAGAGCUGGUGGAAGUGAUAAAGAAGGCUUAUCUGCAAGGAGAAGUAGAAUUCGAGGAUGGAGAGAACGGGGAAGAUCUUGCAGCAUCUCCGAGGAAUGUGGGACACAACAUUUAUAUAUUAGCUCAUCAGUUGGCUCGUCAUAACAAAGAGCUGCAGAACAUGCUGAAGCCGGGAGGUCAGAUAGAGGGAGACGAGGCUCUGGAGUUUUAUGCCAAGCACACGGCACAGAUUGAGAUUGUCAGGUCAGACCGUACCAUGGAGCAAAUAGUCUUCCCCGUGCCCAGUAUCUGCGAAUUCCUCACGAAGGAGUCCAAGCUGCGGAUAUAUUACACCACGGAGAGGGAUGAACAAGGCAGCAAGAUCAAUGACUUCUUCAUGAAAUCGGAAGACCUCUUUAAUGAGAUGAACUGGCAAAAGAAGUUGCGAGCUCAACCUGUCCUAUACUGGUGUGCUCGCAACAUGUCCUUCUGGAGCAGUAUUUCCUUUAACCUGGCUGUCCUUAUGAACCUGCUUGUAGCAUUUUUCUAUCCGUUCAAAGGAAUUCGAGGAGGUACCCUGGAGCCCCACUUGUCAGGCUUGCUGUGGACAGCCAUGCUGUUAUCUCUGGCUAUCGUUAUAGCUCUGCCGAAGCCCCAUGGCAUCCGAGCCUUAAUCGCUUCUACAAUAUUACGACUAAUAUUUUCAGUUGGUUUACAGCCUACUUUAUUUCUUCUGGGUGCAUUCAACGUUUGUAAUAAAAUCAUUUUUCUGAUGAGUUUUGUGGGUAACUGUGGAACCUUCACUAGAGGAUACAAGGCAAUGAUCAUGGAUGUAGAGUUUCUUUAUCACCUGCUGUACCUUCUGAUCUGCGCCCUGGGGCUCCUCGUACAUGAAUUCUUUUAUAGCUUGUUGCUCUUUGACUUGGUGUAUCGAGAAGAGACCUUGCUGAACGUCAUCAAGAGCGUCACUCGCAAUGGGCGUUCCAUCAUCCUGACUGCUGUUCUCGCCCUCAUCUUGGUCUACCUGUUCUCCAUAGUGGGGUACCUCUUCUUCAAAGAUGACUUUAUCCUGGAAGUGGACAAGCUCCCUAACGAAACGUUAUUGCCAGAUCGCACAGAACCAGGUGAAACCAUGACCGGAGAGUUUCUCUAUUCAGAUGUAUGCAAAGCGGGUAGCAGUGAAAACUGUUCUUCAAUCAUUCCUUCAGACCAACUGAUUGCUGAAGAAAUGGAGGAAGAGAAUAAAGAGCAUACGUGCGAGACGUUACUGAUGUGCAUUGUUACUGUACUGAGUCACGGGCUCAGGAGUGGGGGUGGAGUAGGAGAUGUGCUCAGGAAACCAUCCAAAGAGGAACCUCUCUUUGCUGCUAGAGUGAUAUAUGAUCUGUUAUUCUUCUUCAUGGUCAUCAUUAUUGUCCUUAACCUGAUUUUUGGUGUGAUCAUUGACACCUUUGCUGAUUUAAGGAGUGAAAAACAGAAGAAAGAAGAAAUUUUAAAAACUACUUGCUUUAUUUGUGGUUUGGAAAGAGAUAAGUUUGAUAACAAGACAGUCACGUUUGAAGAGCACAUUAAAGAAGAGCACAAUAUGUGGCAUUAUUUGUGCUUUAUUGUGUUAGUGAAAGUAAAAGAUUCGACAGAAUAUACAGGACCAGAAAGUUAUGUGGCAGAAAUGAUCAAG